UGUUGAUAACAGCUGUUUUCUCAUUUUCUUUACAAACAAAAACAAGUUUACAAGUUUGUCUUUAAGAAAUCUAAUUAAAAAUACAACGUACCAAUUAAUAUACAAAGGGUUGGGUUGUUCAAGUGUAAAACUAUGCUAAGUAGCCUAAAGAAAAAGCUAAACAGUGCUUUGCAAGAAGCAGCAAUAAUAACGGAAAAUAUAAAACAACAAUAUCAACAAAGGGUCACAACACCGGAAAGUCUCACUAGCAGUCGCAGCUCUCUGGUGCUGUCAGCAACAGAUUUAGGCGUACCCUCCAAUGUCAACGUGGCUGCUGGCUGCAAUUUACUUGCCAAAUACGAGGAUGAAUGGAAAAUCAUACAUCAGAAUAAUGAAGAGAAUGCCCGCAAGGCCCAGGAUGUGGCCAAACAAAUAGUUUCCAUUGAAACACAGAUGAAUCAACAGUAUGUGGUCAUGAGUGAUUUAAUACACUGUCUCUCGGCUAUACCCAAUUUGGUGGGGAAACUCAAAGACUGUCAACAAACCGUAAAAGAGGUGCAAGAACUGGGUCAUGAGGUUGAAAAGGAAUUGGAAAAACUUGAAGAUUUGUGUGCGGAAUGUGAAUUGCAAGAAUAUAUGCUAGAGAAACAAUGUGAAUUGUCCAAAUUUAAACAAAAGAAAAUGGAAGAUCUGGAAUCCUAUCGCCAAAAAGUAGCUGCCGAUCACCAACAACGAAUACGUUUGCAUGAGGAAAAACUAAGGAGCAUACAAAAAGAACGCCAAGCAGUAUUUGAAGAUGCUUUUCGUCAUGAUCUAAAGGAAUUCAAAGAGAAUGGCCAUAUUUCGAAAAUCCGCAAAGACAUUAAACAAGAAAGAUCUAUGUCCCUAGAGGAAGUGGUUCUAGAUGAUGGCUCAGAUACUAAAGAUGCUUUGGAGGAAUUUCUAAAUGGCUAAGCCUUGACUAAGCUUACUAAUGUUUAAACCUUUUUUGUUGUGGCAAAUCCUUUUGGAAAUUCGAAAUUUGCCCAGUGCCUUAUAUAACAAUUAAGAUAAAAUAGUUAGUGCAAUAUUCCAAUUUUUUCCUUAAUAGCCGAUUAUUGGAGCAAAAUUUGCUAUUAUAACUCCCACCUAUCACCACCCACGACAAUUGAGUAUUUGUUAUAUUUGUAUACAUUUAUUUAUACAUAUCAAAGGAUAUUUUUUAUUUAACCAAAACAAAUAUAGAUGUAUUAUGAAAAUUA